AUGACUCUAUUCAAGCGCCUAACAUCGAACUUAGUGGAUUAUUGCCUAUGGAUGCAUUUGACGAGCGGAUUCUGCGAGAAAAAGCGCGUUCACGAGCGCUAUAAUUAUUCCUGUUUUAUAGAAGGGAAGACCCGGGGCAAUCUCGCACGUAACCGAGCGGAAUAUGUCCUAUAUGUGUGA